GGAGUCCAGUCCACAAUGAUCUGCAGUGAUUCCAGACUUGAUACAUUUAUCUUAUUAGAAAUUAUCUAAUUUUAAUUUCUUCAUUAUUUUCUUUUUCAACAAAGAGAUUAGUUUGCCUCCUCAAAAUGGAUAAAUUCCGGAUGAUGUUCCAGUUCCUGCAGUCCAACCAGGAGUCGUUUAUGAACGGGAUCUGUGGCAUCAUGGCCCUGGCCAGUGCGCAGCUGUACUCUGUGUUUGAGUUCAGCUGCCCCUGUAUGCCCGAGUAUAACUAUGCCUACAGCAUGGGGCUACUGUUCGUGCCGCCCUUAUGGUUCUUUCUACUGGGUUUUGUGAUGAAUAAUAAUGUGUCUGUGCUGGCGGAGGAGUGGAGGAGGCCCACGGGCAGCCGGAGGAAGGACCCCACCAUCCUGCGCUACAUGUUCUGCUCCAUCACACAGAGGUCCCUGAUCGCGCCCGCGGUCUGGUUUUCAGUCACACUUAUGCACGGGAGGAGUUUCCUUUGUGCAUUUAGUACCAGCAUCGAUAUCGACAGACUGGGGAACUUCAGUGUGUUCAGAGGGAUGUCCGAAGAAGAGCGAAUAAAACUUCUGGCCAGGAUCCCGUGUGAUGACGAUGUGUAUUUUGAGCAACAUAAGGAAAUCAGAAUGGUGGCGACACGGUACAUGAAGUGCAUUUCACAGGCCUGUGGGUGGAUGCUUCUGCUCAUGAUGACCUUUACGGCCUUCUUGAUCCGGGGCAUCCGACCAUGCUUCACCCAGGCGGCUUUCCUCAAGACUAAAUACUGGUCUCACUACAUCGACAUUGAGCGAAAGAUGUUUGACGAGACCUGUAAGGAGCAUGCCAAAAGUUUUGCUAAAGUUUGUAUUCACCAGUAUUUUGAAAGCAUCAGUGGAGAGAUGCGCAGCUUCCACCACAACCGCAUGUAUGGGAGGGAUGAUGAUGACAAUGCACAGAAUGUCGAUGAUGAAGAAAAACUUCUGGGUAUCAGAGCUCAGGAAGAUAUGAAUAAAGUUUUGUGGAAUUGGCAUACUAGUAAACCAGCGCUGGCUCUCCGAAAGGACAAAAUGGAUGCCCAAAGCAAUGGACGAGUGAAUGACUAUGCAAAUGGUGGAGCAAAUGGCUUUUUGAACGGACACACCCCUGAUGUGGAGAAGAAAGAAUGGGCUGUGUAUUACAGCAAGGUUUGAGAGACGACAAAGAGACUACCCUUUAUUUGCCAAACAAUUACAGAUUGGAGGACAGAGGUAGCAAGGGAGGGCUGAGGGAGAGGAGAGUUGCGAGGCAAAACGGCUGGUCACAUGAGCACAGAUCUGUUUACAAACCCAGAGCAGAGC